GCCUGUGCCCAUCUCUGCUGACAACACCACGAUGAUUCAGCGAGCGAACACGGAUGGCUGGGAUAUCAACAAUGUGCCUAUAAUCGAGCUGCGCGGAUCGUCAUACGAGAUUGGGCAUGCGCACGGCUUGCAGUUGCACGAGCAAAUCCAUGCUCAGCUCGUCAUCUACGAGGACAUAUUCCAGAAGAAGUGCAAGUUCACUUGGGAGCAGGUCCGAGAUGCAGCUAGACAGUAUCAGCCUGCUAUCGAGAAGCUCGCGCCGCAUCUUCAUGAUGAGAUGCGCGGAAUAGUAGAUGGUGUGAAUGACACAGGGAACGGCAGCGGCGAUGCGCUCGGUGACGCUUGGCACUUGACGCAUGGCAUCUCCGGACGUCACAUCGACAUUCUGGACGUCAUUGCCCUCAACGCUCGCAGCGAGAUUGCGCUGGGUCAGUUCGACGACGGGUGUACAGCCCUCGCGUGGGAUGUGGAUCGUCUGGUCGAUGUUGAGGCGGGAACGGAGUCGCGUAGCCGGCAGCACAGGCGAAUUCUCGCACAGAACUGGGACUGGCGCACCGCGGUAGGUCCCAACCUUGUUCUGGCGUCGAUCAAGCAAGAAGGCAAGCCAGAUAUCUGGAUGGUCAUAGAGCCUGGUAUCGUUGGCAAGAUUGGGUUCAAUUCGGCGUCACUGGGCGUAUGCCUCAAUGCCAUCCGCGCGAAGCCUGUAGACAAGAACCUCCUUCCAGUGCACGUCAUCCUGCGUCUCCUGCUCGAGCAGACGUGUCUCACGGAUGCCCUCGAACUCAUCUCAACACUCGGUGGAUGCGCUUCAAGCCAGCAUAUCCUCAUCGCAUCACCGUGCGGCAGCCGUAGCCUGGAAUUGUCCCCGCUCGGAACGGUCUACAUCACAGAGGACAGCAUGGGGCUCGUCGUCCACACGAACCAUUUUCUCGAGAACCACCUCGUUGAGGAGCCACCUUGGCUCUCGGGCUCACCGAUUAGGCUCGAACGCGCAAAGGAGCUGUGCGCAGGGCUCGUCAAGGAGUACGGUAGGGACAAGAUUAGAGAAGAGCUUUGUCCCACCGUGCUCAGGCAGCGCGUUUUCGCGGACACGCUCAACUCACCGCAGGCGAUCUGCUGUGUCCCAGAUCCAUGCAGGGAUGAAAGCAUCGAGACACUGUUCAAUAUUGUCAUGAUAUUCGAGGAGGGAAAAGUGCCGUAUGCUGAGGUGGCGUUUGGGAGACCAGCGACGACGGACGCCAAGUACACGCGGCGCCUGUCUUCUUCUUCUUAUGGUACCUCCCUCUCUGCGAUCGAGAUACCACUGCAGUACGACACAUCGACAUGAUUGUACCUCGAAGCGCCAUUCAUCGGAUUUGUCAGACAAGGAGGUAGUAGUGUGAUUAUAUUAUUUUAUAUCGAUCUUAAAUUGCUCCAAUGAAAUGUAUUCUCCGGCAGCCAACUGCACUAGUUCUAAGUCCUCGGGCGAAUGUAUACGGAAUAUGUCGCCGCCGUCGGCGAAUUGCCCGUGCGCAGGACUUGCGUAUGCAUGGAUAUUCAGCUGUAUGCAAG